AAUUCACCUGUAAGGUCUUAAGAACCCAUUCAAAGCCAUUCCUGAGCUAUUAUUCCUUUCGGGUAGCUAUGGAAUAAGAGGGGCAGGAGGGAAAGAACAGGGGAACGCUUAUUACCUGUCUUGCAAGGAAAGCCAAGGAAUUUAAAUCAAUAUGCCUAACUCUGAUUCCUGGAAAGAUCUCUGGAACAAAUCACUGAAACAUCAAUCUAUAGUUGGCCACAGAUAGGUCAGUUGAUAUAAAAUACACUGCAGGAUUUUGUCAAAAGCGAACCAUGUCAGUCCGUUCCAAUUUUAAUUAUUUGGCCCAGUGGUUAAGGGACACAAACUUAUUUGUAGGAAGACUUUGGGCAGUUUCCUACAAAAUGUACUCAGUUGUGCACCAGGGAAAUGUUCUGGGCUUCACCAUGAGAACAGGCCCAGCUACCUGCUAAGCUGGAAUGGUGAAAGCUGAGCCUGAGCAGUGAGAUCCAGGGGAGGUGUGCUCAGCCCAUAUCUGGGUCAGGGUGUGAAAGAACAGCUUGAAUGAUGGAGAAGGGAGAGCAGUUGUGAGAUGUCUGAAGAAAGCCAAGCUGAUAGGGCUUGCAAGACAUUUGGAAAUCAGGCUCAUCAUUCAAAAUGAUGUUGAUGACUGAGAAAAGUGCCCUGAAAUCCUCAAGAUGACAUCAAGUAAGAAGAUCAAAGUACUGCUACUGAGGGGAAGUUAUUGCAAAAAAGAAAAAAAAUAAAAAGGUAUAAACUACCCAUGAAAACACUAGAAAACUAGGACACGUGUAUUAUAGGAUGAAAUCCUGAAAUGGCUUUCCAAUAGAUGUGCAAAUGUCAGGAAAUCCUUACUGGGUUCAGGAUGAAAAUGGGCAGUUUCAGGGAGAGACCUAGGGGUGGUUGCAGGCUGCCAGGCUGACUGAGCCGGGAGCUUCAUUGCUGAUGUCUUCCAUUUGAUUCUCUGUAAUGUAUAGUGGCAGCUACACUGAUCUUGUGAGGCUUCACCUGGAGUUGCUGGGUUCAGCCUUAGGAGCCCUACUUUGUAGAAGAUAGGAGAAAUGGAGAGAGAUCUAGGACACAGCAACUUGAGUGAGAAAAAGGGGGAAAAAAACAUGAGUUUAAGGAAAUGCUCAGUUCAUUUACAGUGGAAAAAAACAGGGGUGCAGGUAGUUAUGAUAUCCACUCCAUAUCCACUGCUGGAUAACCUCAGCUGAAGAAAAUGAACUGGAAGUUGGAAGAAAGCUGUAGAAUUCAUCUUUCAAAACACAAGGACAGCUAUGUUUUCAGACAAGAUCCUUUGAGUUUAGGGUCCCACAAGGUGAAGAAUUUCACCUGUCCAGUAGCCAUGUGGUUGCCAGGAGCAGCAGGGAUAUUCUUCCAGCAGGAAGAUCCCACAAUGCCUGAUUCACCCUGAAACCACAGGCAGGUUCCAUGUCUUCAGGAGGUCCCUUCAGCCUGGUGCUUCUGUGAGUCAGCUGUGCUAAAAGCAGGCUGCAGCUGUGUGCUGUGAACCUGAGUCCAUGAUGGUGCCAAUGGAAGAGGUCUCAGUCAACUUAAUGGUGAGUCUUUCAUCUUCCUCUGAUCCCUACAGCUUUAAUGGGUGGUAUUUUCUCAAAAUUUGCUCACACACCAGAGGGCACAGGCAGUAAAAAUCCCAUAUGCUCUCAGUCUCUGACCACAGUGAUGUGAUACUUUCAUAAUUUUCUUUCAGACAUAUCUUAAAGAAAUCUCAUCAUAGUGACCAUAUUCAAAAUCUCAUUAAACUUAGUCCUACCUAGUACCUCCAAGUAUCUCUUCAGUUCACAGUCCUGAAACAAAUUCUUUUUGAAGGGUAAGAACUGGUGCUGGAAUGACAGGGAAAAGGACAUGGGUGUGAAGGAGAGGGCAAACCAUCACUACUGGGAGGAUUAAUUCCCACACAGAGGUUGAAGCUUGGGGAAAGGAGAAGGAACCCAGGAUUUAACAGUAAACAACUGUCAAGGAAAAACUGUUGUUUCACCAUUUGCAAGACUGAAACUGCAGUGUUUAACGAUCUCUGUUCAAUCUCCUAAUAAAUUAUUUUCUUCAAUUAGCUUGCACAGUGAAACAGCUAUGACUUGUUGGAGCUCUGAAUGGGCUGAUGAAUGUUCUCAGGCUUAAUGACUGCCCGUGCCCUUGCUGCUCCCUCAGCCCGUUGUUCAUCACUGCCAACUUUCCCUCUCCAGGAUGCUGUUUAUCUGACAAUCAGGGGCACUGCCACUGAAGCAUUUCUAAAAAGAUUAUUUUGCUAAUUAUUCAGAGGUCAUUAAUUGGAAGGUGAAGCCAGCACUGUCCCUAAGCUUUGAACUCCCUGGUGAUACAAGAAUGUUCCUGUUAUACCAAGACCGUAUUUUUUUUAUUCCACAGCACUUAAUCUCCUCCCAUCCUUUGAAGGAAUGUUCCAGUUCCUGCAGAUGUCCUUUGUUAGGAAGAAAUGGAAGUUUCCUGCCUUUUAAUCCAAGGAAUGUCCUUAUCACAAAAGAAAACAAUGGGAGGAAAUCACCUUUCUCAUGGAAACUGCUGAGAGAUUCCCCACUGCAAGGAGAAAACUGGUGACAGAAGGGCGCUACAUCAAAAGUAAAGGGAAAACAUGGAGAAAAUGACUCUCCUGCACCCAGGUAGCCGGAGAAAUCGGGGUCGGUGUGUCGGGUGCUGGAGUGUGGCUGCUUCUUCAGUACUCGGCAGGUGGUGGAGGUUAACGAGCUUGCUGCGUGAGAGGGGAGGAGGGAAAGAGGAGGAGGUGGCUUCCUCCUGACGCCAUUUCCGAGGGGCUGACAUAUAUAAAUGAGCCGGUUGCUGCAGUGCCCCGUCUAGGAUCUUCAGCCAGGACGCUGGCGCAGACACACACAGUGCCGGUCUCCCUCCAGCACCUCGCCGAUCCCCCCAAACCAGGGCCAGACUAAAGCUCUGCCCUUCCCCGCACCCCGCCAGCACCAUGAGCCCGAGACUUCUCGCCGUCCUGCUGCUGGCCGUGCCAGCUAUCUCCCUUCCUGUGACAAAUGAAAUGAAUAAAGGGGACACUAAGGUGAUGAAGUGCAUCGUGGAGGUCAUCUCUGAUACUUUAUCAAAGCCAAACCCACUGCCGAUCAGUGAGGAAUGUCUAGAGACGCUCAGAGGAGAUGAACGAAUCAUUUCUAUCCUUCGCCACCAAAAUUUACUGAAGGAACUUCAGGAAAUUGCGGCUCAAGGUGCCAAUGAGAGAACUCAGCAGCAAAAGAAAAACAGUGGCUUUGAAGAUGAACUUUCUGAAGUCCUUGAAAGUCAGAAUGAUGAGAACAAGCAAAGAGAUGUGGCACAACAGCACCCUGAGGAGGAGCAGCCCACAGCAUCCCUGGCUGAGCUGGCAGCACAGAAAACCCAGCAAAAGGAAGAUGUGAGAGAAGGAGGAAAAAAUAGCCUGGAGGUAGGGGAAUCUAGGCUGCAGGAUGCCAGCCGUAGUGAGAAGGAUGACCAGGACGAAGCAGAGAGCAACGAGAUCAAGGAUGCAGAAGAUGCACAGGGAGAAGCAGCUGUGGACAACCAUGAUGACAAAGAUCUGGGUGAGGAUGAGCAACAGCAGCGAGGGGAAGGAGAGGAGCAGCACAGAGGCCCCAGGAACAGCCUGGAGCUUGAGGAGGAGGGAGAGCAGCCAUCCAGGCAGGGCCAGAGGCAGAGCAAGGAGGAGGCAGCAGAGGAGCACGUGGAACAGGAGGACGAUGGAGAAGAUGCUCCUGGAGAGGAGGACCCUACUGAAGCAGAGAGAUUACUCGAUUUGGCUGAGGAGGAUGGGGAGGCUGAGGAGAUGCAGGAAGAUGAUGGUAAUGAUGAUGCUCUGGGAUUUGGCAAAGAUGAGCAGAGCUCUGAGGAGGAGGAGGAGCAGCCACAUGUACUGAGACGAGGAAGGCAUCGCCUGGAGGAUGAGGGAAUGCAGGCAGAGGAGGACACCUUCCAGUCCAGGGAUGCCAAAAGUGAGGAAAUGGAGGAUGAGUCCUCCAGGGAGUGGGAAGACUCCAAGAGAUGGAACAAAAUGGAUGAGCUGGCCAAGCAGCUGACAUCAAAGAAGCGCAUGGAGGAAAAUGAUAGUGGAGAAGACCCAGACAGGUCCAUGAAAAUGGCAUUCAGGUCCCACAAGUAUGACUUCAGUAGCCCAGAGGAAGAUGUGAGAAGGUCAUGGAAGCAUCACUCGAAGGAGGACAGCAGUGAAGGAUUUCCGCUUGCUCCCAUGCCUGAAGAAAAGAAGGAUGAGGAAGGCAGUGCUAACAGGAGAACAGAGGACCAGGAGCUGGAGAGCCUUGCCGCCAUCGAGGCCGAGCUGGAACACGUGGCCCACAAGCUGCACGAGCUGAGGCGGGGCUGAGGGCUGGCCGCAGCCUUUCUCCGCCGUGGUCUCCAUUCCUGAGAGUACGAUGGUCUCCAUGCCGAGUACGAUGAGCAGAAGCACCGCGCCUUGGAUGCCGCCCCACAGGCGCCAGGCCUGCCUCCCUUGCAGUAGUGUUGUGCCCAUCACCGCUUCUUGCCCCCAUGCUCCUCUGUCCCCUACGGAUGUCCACCUGCCCCAUCGGGCUGCCGUAGCCAAGAAGUGUGACCUACACCUGUAUUUUCUCUCUUUUUCUUUAUUUUUAUUUCCUCCUUCCCUUUCUGUUUUUUAAAAGACAGGAGAGCUCUCUAGGAAGCUCUCCUCCCACUGGUAGUUUCACUGGGUUAAAUUGCAAUAACUUGUUACCUUUUGAUUAAAAGCUGAGAACUCUGACUGUAAUAUAUUCUAUAUUAAAAAUUUAUCUAAGGAAAAAUAAAACCACGGUGGGCUCUAUGCUU